CUGCGUCAACAGACGUUAAAUUUGAAACUUGGCGGCCUCGGGGGCAGGUGAGGCGUGAGGGGGCUGUUUUGAGAAGGAAUCGGGUGCGUGGUCUUGUUUAUGAUCACGAGGUGACGGUCUUCGCAGCUCCAGAGCCAGCUGAAGAUUGAGGGAAGCUCAGACGGUUGGCACUCCGAGGAAAAAGGUCUGCGGAAGGGCGAGAGCAAAAACUGGGAAUGCAGGAUGGCGGAGGCGAGCGAAGCCAUGUGCCUGGAGGGAACUGAGUGGGAGCUGAGUAAAGAAAACGUACAGCCCUUACGGCAUGGGCGGAGCAUGUCCACACUUCAGGGAGCGUUGGCACAGCAGGAUUCAGCCUGCAACGCUACUCUGCAGCAGCAGAAACGGGCAUUUGAAUCUGAAAUCCGCUUUUACUCUGGAAAUGACCCUCUGGAUGUUUGGGACAGGUAUAUUAAUUGGACAGAACAGAACUUCCCUCAAGGCGGGAAGGAGAGUAACCUGUCAACAUUACUAGAGAGAGCUAUAGAGGCACUCCAAGGGGAGAAGCGCUAUUAUAAUGAUCCCCGGUUUCUCAGUCUCUGGCUCAAAUUGGGACAUUUGUGCAGUGAGCCUUUGGAUAUGUACAGCUAUUUACAAAGCCAAGGAAUUGGCGUUUCCCUUGCCCAGUUCUAUAUUUCAUGGGCUGAAGAAUACGAAGCUAGAGAAAAUUUCAAGAAAGCAGAUGUAGUAUUCCAGGAAGGGAUUGAACGCAAGGCUGAGCCCCUGGACAGACUGCAGUCCCAGCACAGACAGUUCCAGGCCCGAGCGUCCCGACAAGCUCUCUUGGCCCUUGGGAAUGAGGAGGAGGAGGAGGAGGUCGUGGGGUCUUCUGAACGGCAAAGAAGCACGCUAGCUGAGCUGAGGAGCAGAGGGAAGAAGACGGCUAGAGUGCCCAUCAACCGUGUCGGAGGGGCUCUCAAGGUUUCAGGUCAGAGCAGAGGAUUCCUAAAUACAGUUCCUCAGCCAGUGCACAGUAAUCGGAGGAUCACUGUUUUUGAUGAAAAUGCUGAUGUCGCGUCUAGACCGGAGUCAUCUAAGCCUGUAGCCCAGCCAUGGAUGGCACCCCCUGUGCCUAGGGCCAAGGAGAACGAGCUUCAGCCAGGCCCCUGGAACACAGCCAGGCCCGUGGAACGGAGGCCUCAUGGCAAUCCAGCCUCUGUGAUGUCUGUACCCAGUGUGCGUCCCAACUUUACUCCGUAUGUGGAAGAGAGCGCCCAGCAGACAGUAAUGACACCAUGUAAAAUUGAACCUAGUAUCAACCAUGUUCUCAGCACCAGAAAGCCAGGGAGAGAGGACGGAGACCCCUUGCAGAGAGUUCAGAGUCAUCAGCAAGGCUGUGAGGAGAAGGAGGAGAAGAUGAUGUACUGUAAGGAGAAGAUCUACGCAGGAGUCGCGGAGUUCUCCUUUGAGGAGAUCCGAGCCGAAGUGUUCCGGAAGAAGCUGAAGGAGCGAAGGGAAGCCGAACUGUUGACCUGUGCAAAGAAGAGGCAAGAAAUGCAGAAGCAGAUCGAAGAGAUGGAGAGGAAGCUGAAAGCAAUCCAGACUGGUCAGCAGGAAAGGGCUGGCGACCAGCAGCAAGAAGAGGAGGUGCUUACAAAGGACUCAGCCAGAUUGCAGAUUGCUUCAGAGCCUCGGGAAAUGUCGGGAGUGCUUCUGUCCAGUUCCAUCUGUCCACUAAGCUCGAAUCCUGGGGUAAUUUCAUCUGCUGAGAAUAUUUUGCAAGAACAGCCUGACCGUAAAGGUCCCAGUAUGCCUUUCUCCAUUUUUGAUGAGUCUCUCUCAGACAAAAAGGACAAAAGUCCCGCCACAGAUGGUCCACAGGUUCCCUGUGCCCAGCGAAGACCCCUUACAGUUCUCAAAACUACAGAAGUCGUCACCGCCAAUGAAAUUAUGUCUCCUGAUGUUUGUGAUGAACUUACAGAAAUUGAACCUUUGAGUGAAGAUGCCGUCAUCACUGGUUUCAGGAAUGCGACUCUUUGUCCCAACCCUGAGGACACUUGUGACUUUGCUAGAGCAGCUCGCUUGGCAUCCACUCCUUUCCACGAGCUACCGCCCUCGCAGGGCAUCGCUCCGGAUCCCGAGGAGCUGCUGCAGGAGGAGGAUCUGGACGGGCUGGCCACGGAGGGUCAUCACACUGUUCAUCACCAGACCCUGAGCGUGAAGAAGCUGAGCCCAAUUAUUGAAGACAGCAAUGAGGCCACCCACUCAUCUGGCUUCUCCAGGUCUUCUUCCUCAGCUACCAGUACAUCAUCCAUCAAAGGCUUUCAGAUUCUGGAAAAGCUGGAGCUGACGAACGACACAGCAGAAAAUGCUAUUCAGUCACCCUGGUGUUCACAGUAUCGCCUGCAACUGUUAAAAUCCCCACCAGAGUUAAGUGCUUUUGCAGAGUUUUCUAUGGGAGAUAGACCGAUGCCUGUGCUGGAAAUAGGGAAGGAGAUUACGUUAGGUGGCCAAGAUUACUGCAUCAAACUAGAGCACCUAACAUGUGAAAAUUACAGGUUAUUCUGGGUGGCACAACGAAACUCUACAGAGCUAUUCAUGAUAAAGGCAUCUUGUCAGCCUAUCCCAUGGGAUUUUUAUAUCCACGUCAAGUUAAAGGAGCGUCUGGGUGAGGACUGUGACCAGUUUUGCAGCUGCUGUCAGUACCAAGAUGGCCAUGUCGUUUGCUACCAGUAUUUAAACUGUUCGACUCUCCAGGAUCUUCUCCAACACAGCGAAUUUGUUACUCAUGAAAUAAUAGUGCUGAUCAUUUACAACCUGUUGACAAUAGUGAGGAAGCUGCACAAAGCGGAAAUCGUGCAUGGAGACUUGGGUCUGAGGAGCCUGAUCCUCAGGAACAGGAUCCACGACCCCUAUGACUAUGACGACCAUGCUGUGAGGAUCGUGGACUUCUCCUACAGUGUUGACCUGAAGGUGCAGCUGGAUGCGUUUGCCUUUAGUGGCUUUCGGACUGCACAGAUCCUGGAAGGACAAAAGAUCCUGGCUAACUGUUCUUCUCCCUACCAGGUGGACCUGUUGGGGAUCGCAGACCUUGCACACUUGCUGUUGUUCAGGGAGCACCUGCAUGUCCUCUGGGACGGGCUCCUCUGGAAACCCAGCCAAGACACUGCUGCGCUAAAGGACAGUGAAUUGUGGAAUAAAUUCUUUGUGGGGAUUCUGAACGCCAGUGACAAGUCCACCGUGUCUGUCCUGGGGGAGCUUUCAGCAGAAAUGAGCGGGGCUUUUGAUGCCACGUUCCACAGCCACCUGAACAAAGCCCUGUGGAAGCUGGAGAAUGUAAUUAGUCCGGAAGCUUUGCUCGUGCGGCAAGACAAGCCGCCGGGCCUCGAGAGCCCUGCCUAAGCCGAGCUGUACUGUGAAGAAGUCUGGAGCUGCUGGGAUUGGAUUUAGAGCAUGCGCAGACACAGCGGCUGUCACCAGGGGGUCACUCUCAGUAGCACAGCUUAGCAGAUGCUCAAGCUCUGGCGGCCACAUCUGGAUUAUUCAAAAGGAUUCCAUACAAACAGCUGCUGCUUAGCCCUCCCUCGGCUUCUGCCUGUUCUCUUUUGUAAUAUUGUAACAUCUACUCUCCCUCUCACCUGUAUUUUAUAAUAAAAUAGUUUUUGUUACA